GCAUAAAGGAGUCUGAGAGAGGGGGAGCCAGCCCCUGGACUGGGGCCAGCUGUGUCGAUACAGGGUGUCCCAGGGCCAAUGAGGGUUACAGGGGUAACCAAUCCUUGGUCGCUCACUGUUCCAACAAUAACCUGUUCAGCGUGGUCUGGGAUGUCCUGCCGAGUCCCCUGAGAAGAAUCACCAUUGAAACCCCUUUGAGCACAGAGAACACUCUGUGCCCAUCUUCUCCCGGCACUUUCUGCUGGCUCCGAACGGGAACAGCAGCCCUCCACCACAGCAACAGCAGCAGCAGCUCCUGUCUAUGUUUGUCUGUCUAUUGCCAUCUCCUUCUGACUGUGUCCCUACGCUCCAUCUUAUCUCUCUCUCCCCACACACCCCUUCUAUCUAUCAAUCCCCGUCCCCACACACCCACCCCCUCAGCUGCUUUAGUGGGCAGACUGUGGUGCAUAGGCUGAGAAUGGGGUGGGGACUCUGUCCCUGUGUGUGUCUCCACCUCUUGCUCCGGAAGGGGCUGACCACCUGGACUUUGUCUCUCCUGGAAAUCAUCGGCCUCAGGGGCUGGCUCCCUGAUCCCUCCCCGUGGCAGACCUUCGUCCCCACAUCUCCAAGAGCUGUGCCAGGCCAGGGCUUGGGGUGCUGCAGAGAGAGCGCCUGGUCUGGCCUCUCUUCCCUGGCAGAGGUUGAUCCCCUGAGCUCCCAGGGACCUCACACUCUGACCACUGCCUCCCGUACCCCCAGGGAGAGCCAUCUGGGCAGGGCUGGUCAUCUCAGGCUCUGCGAGGCCAGACAAUGGCAGUGGACUACGUCACAUACCAGGGCAUCAAGUUCCCCCCUGCGUAUAACUCUGAGCGGAGCCUGUGCUUCGCCCACAAGGAGUUCCAGGUGCAGGAUGAUGAUGUCUUCAACGUCACCUACCCCAAAUCAGGCACAGUGUGGAUGAUCGAGAUCUUGAGCCUGAUCCGCAGCGGCGGGGACCCAGCCUGGAACCGAACCGUCCUCAACUCCACCCGCGUGCCCUGGUUCACUACCCGCCUGGGGCUGGAGUCUGCACUGAGCUACCCCCGACCCCGCCUGCUGACCUGCCACCUCCCCAUCCACCUCUUCCCCACAUCCUUCAUUGGCUCCAGGGCCAAGGUGGUCUACACACUCCGCAAUCCCAAGGAUGUUCUGGUCUCCUAUUUCUAUUUCUCCAAGAUGUGCAGCUCAUACGAGGACCCCAAGUCCUUCGAGCAGUUCCUGGGGGACUUUCUUAGUGGGGACGUGCCCCAUGGGUCCUGGUUUGAUCAUGUCAGAGGCUGGAUGGAAAUGAAGGGCAAAGAGAAUUUCUUCUUCAUCACUUAUGAGGAGCUGCAGCAGGACCUGAGGGGCAGCAUACAGCGACUCUGCCAGUUUCUGGAGCAGGAGCUGGAUGAUGGAGCUAUCAACUCGGUGGUGGAGAACGCCUCCUUCAGGGCCAUGAAAGAGAACAAGAUGUGCAACUCGACGCUGCUCCCGAGGGACAUCAUGGAUCAGGACAAGGGCACUUUCCUGAGGAAGGGCAUCUGUGGGGACUGGAAGAACCAUUUCACGGUGGCACAGAGCGAGGCCUUCGACAGGAUCUACCAGGACCGGAUGGCGGGGCUGCCGGAGGCAUUCCCAUGGGAGGCACGCCAGGAAUGAACCGCAGGAAUAAAGCAGAGCAUGGAACCACAGGAAGCUGGGUUAAGUUAGUAGGGACAACUGUCUGCAGUGGUUCACACAGACCAUGGAAGGGCAUGGCUCCAGCCUAGCGGGAUGGACCAGUGCCAGGAGCAUUGCCUGGCAUGAGUGUCCUCUGCCAGCACUGCCUCCCACACCCCUUCAUUCCACCAGGUGCCCGGGUCAGCUUGGCCCUAGCCUCCUGGGGCCCAUUGCAUAUCCGAUUGCCCCCGUGAAUGUGUUCAGCUGUAGCCGCCAGCCACUGCAGCUUGCUCUGUCCGCGUCUUCUGGAUUAAAGGUCCCUCAGCCCUGUGAU